CUCUCCCCUCUCACUAAAUUCACUCCGCGCCUCUCUCUCUCUCGCUCGCUCGCUCUAGAACCCUACCUCCCACCUGUCUCCUCUCUCCUCACUCGACACCCUUCUUUCUCUCUAUCUCUCUCUCUCUCUUCAAAUUUGGAUCGCCCGCGUUCAAUUCACGCCCUCACUCUUCAAAACCCUAUAUCUGUCUAUCUCUUUUUCUCUCUCUUUCUAAUUUGGCCAUUGUUGUUAAUUUUCUCUCUCCUCGAUUUCGGACCACAACAAACCCUAUUUUCUCUGCAAACUAUUUAGCUACACCAUGAGGAAGGAUACGAAGAGAAAGGCCAGCCAAAAGGUGGAGCCGAAAUCUACAGAAGAGACCACGAGCAAAGAGGCGAGCCAAUCUAAGGUUACAGAAGAGACUGCGAGCAAAUCUAACGUGGAAACAACAACCUCCAACAAGGAGUCAAGCAAAGCUGGUAGAAGAGCUAAGCGAGUCAAGGCUUCCAAGCCUGAAUCCGAGCCCCAGUUCUUUCCUGAAAAGCGUAAUUUGGAAGACCUAUGGCAACAGGUUUUCCCAGUUGGGACGGAGUGGGAUCAGUUGGACCAUGUUUAUCAGUACAAGUGGAAUUUCUCAAAUCUAGAAAAUGCAUUUGAAGAGGGUGGAGAACUAUAUGGGCAAAAAGUCUACCUUUUUGGUUGCACUGAGCCUCAAUUGGUCUUUUUCAAUGGUGAAGGAAAAGUAACCUGCAUACCUGUUGUAGUUGCUGUAAGUUACUAAACUAUUUCCUUUGUUAAUAGGGUCA